AGAGCAUAGUAGAAGGAAAAAUAGAAGAGGAAGACCAAGGAAUAACUACAUGGGACAGAUAAAAGAAACACUAGGUGUCAUGUCGUAUAGGGAGGUCAAGGAUAUGGCCUGGGAUAGAACUGGCUGGAAGAAGAUGCAUGAAUUAGUUGCACCGACAAGAGGAAACUCUUAAAUGAAAAGAAGACUGUACAUUAGGAAGAGUGAACGGAAUAAUCAAUGAACAUGAAUCAUUGAAAUGAAUGAUGAUUACAAUACUGCUGUGUAAUAUCUUUGUCAAAUGAUGAUGAUUUUAUUGCAAUAAUUUUUAUCACUUUUUUUCCUUAAUAUGGAAAUGAAACGUGAUAUUAUUGCGUUAGUAAAAUUUUGGCUGUAUGUAAUUUGCCAAAUUAAAGAUAACACAGCCAAAUAUAUAUGCGAACAAUUCUAAAAGGUCAUUCAAAGUUCUCUAAUUGAUCAGCAAUAUGAAGCGCCUUCUGUUCGUUUUCAUCAGUGUUCAAGUAUCACUGCAAACUUGCCCUGAAACGACGUCAGUGCAAAUCCAAAACUACGACGGCCCCAUCUUCCUUCAUUCUCCGAGCCCGCCUUACUUUUGCCGGCCAGUUCCGACUUACGAAAAAUACGAACUCGAUUGUACAUGCAUCAAGCACCCUAGUUACGUCCCUGUCUCGUCUAGUCCUGUGUACAAUCACGGCUAUUACCGAGACUUACCAACAGUUACAGACAAUUCUUUCUGUUCCGUGGACAACACUAGAGUUACACCAUGCACACCAUGCACAUACACUACGUCAUACACGAGAUCGUGUGACCGUGACACGGGUACAUUAACCAGUGGUUUACCACAGAUGGGUAAAUAUGGCAAUCAAAACUUGCAAUACGAAUGUAAGUGCAGUGGAUACAUGUAAAUUGCGAUUGCGCAAUUAUCAUUCACUCAAUAUUGUAAUAUUGUGCAAUAAUGAAUUAUCCAAAAACUAGUACUAAAAAAGUACUAAAAAGAACCAAAAAAAAAAAAAAUGUAAAUUAAAAGAAUGUUACAAUAUAUUAAAACAUGUACUUGAGUAUAUAAACUCAAUGUGUAAUUUAAUAAGUUUCUUGUUGUAAUGUAUUAACUACCGGUUUAAUUUACGUGUAAUUUGGCCGAGAAAUCUCGACUAGUUUCGGGACCAUUCGGGACCCUUACUCUUGAGCGGCUUGAUCCGAGUGUACGCUUAAGUUAAACCGGUAGUUAUUACGUUACAAUACAAUGUGUAUUUAUAAAAUUUUCUUUCUAUCUAAGAUACAUUAUAGAUAGA